UGAAGUAUGUCAUAUACAAAAUAUCAUUUUAAUAAAUUGGUAAGAACAAAAUUGAAGUUGCAAGCUAAAUUGGCAAAAAUGCAGUUAAAAAAAGAACACCUGGGACUACACUGCUAAAACCUUAAGGAUUGAUACCUAGUAUUCAACAUUUUCCGUUUGAUUAUCAACAUGGCUGCUGAACACCAAUACUUUUACGAAGAUGAAGUCUAUAGAGUUAACAAAAAGGGGCAUAUAGAAUUUGGAAUGGUUCUACAGAAUUCAGAAUUAGUUAGCAGUGAUGAGAAUUCAGAUAAUGAUGAGAAUGGAAAAAUGAAAAAGGGUCAUAUAAGAGUUGCAUGGCACCCCACUGGAGCAGAAGAAGUUGUUUCAGAACGAAAAGUUGGCUUAGCUGAUAGAUCUUUGAUGCCUGGUGAUGUUGUUCGAAGAAUGAUUAAAGGAAAGGAUACUCAAAGGGGUUAUUGUAGGCACAUGGAAGUUUCUGCCUCAAUUCAAAUUGUUGGAACAAAACAUAUAAUAAACAAUGUGAAAAGUAAAGACCUUAUCCCCAUAGAGGCUCUUGCACCUGAUAUUGCUGUGUGUCUAGAUUCAUGGGUAGGUGGUAUUAAAUUAGUGCACUCUAAACUUCAUUUAAGUUUACCAGACAAUUCUCGCUGUGUUGUGACUGAUCCAGAAUCCACAGAUUUUGAUACCUUUUAUGAAAAAAUCGAUCCAGAUUCAGAAUUCAGAGGUGAAUACUAUCCUGGUCAAGUUUUGUGGGGCCCAUUAAGUGUCCUUGAGGAAAUAGCUGAAUGGACACUACCUAGCAAAGACCUGAAAGCCUUGAAGUCCAAGAUGAAGCGGGUUAUAAAGGUAACCGUUGAAGAUGUAGAAAUUGAAUCAGUGGCUGUACAUUGGCAAUGUCGAGCUUAUUCCAAAGACGGAGCUGGAACAGAAAAAGAGCAACCUAAAGUCUUAAUUCAAGGGGAAGAUAUAAAGAGGUUAAAAUUGUUAAAUGUCUUUGAGCCAUGCACAUUGCAAGUUGGUGACCGUAAUGUUUAUAUUUUGAAAGCAACUGAUGAAGUAACAACGAAAGAGCAGUGGAGGAAAGAACAAAAGCGACUUAUUCUGAAAGAAAACUCAACACCUUUAAGGCUGAAGAGAAAAAGAACUGUUAAUGUUAAUUCUACUAAUUCUAAUACUAAAAAAGAUGACAAUAAGAAGAAAGAUGAAGAAAAAAUAUUAGACAAUGAAAAUGGUUUUGAUGAAGUUGAAAACCUUAAAGAACUAAAUAAUGUUGAAAUAACUAACAUCGAAAAUAAUCAAUUUGCCAAGGAAAGUUCAGAUUGUGAAUCUGAAACAGGCAGUAAUGCCAGUAGCAGUGCUACAAGUGUUGUCAGUAACCCAUCUUCUAAGAAGACACCUUCUCUUCCUAUUCGUACCCUUACAAAGGUUCUUCACAAAAAGAAGCUGAGGAGAGCUAAUCAAAAGAAGGCCUUAAGACCAGUUUCUCUUGCUCCUGGGAGUAAAGUUAUUGUUGAAACAGUGAGCACAAUGUCUGUAGCAGAUGUAGUAUGGCAGGAUGGUUCUGUGGAAGUUGGUAUUCCAUCAACUGAAUUAUACCCAAUACAUCAUUUGGAUGAUCAAGAAUUCUUUCCUGGAGAUUUUGUAAUUGAAAAUCGGGAGGAAACCUGUAUGAGGGUUUAUGGAGUUAUUCAAAGUGUUGAUCAUGCUGGACGAACUGCCACUGUGAAAUGGUUCAAAACUUAUACUUCUUCUGAGAAUCCACAACCAGCAUUGCUUAUGGAAAGUGAAGUUAGUGUUUAUGAUCUAAAAGAUCACCCUGACUUUCAGUAUCGACCUGGUACUGUUGUUAUCAGGGUUGCAAACUUUCAGGGAGAAGAUGAAGUAUGUACUGCUGGUCAGGUUCUUGACAAUUAUCCAGAAGGAUUGGUUCGAGUCUGGUGGGUCGAAGGUCACAUAUCUAUGUGCUGGCCUCAAGAUCUAUACAAAGUUGGUGAAUAUGAUUCUGAUGAAGGGGAAUUAUGGGAUGAUGGAACAUCUGAUGAUGGGUCUUGGCAGACUGAGAGUGAAGACUGUUGUACUUGUCCCGAAGAUAAUGUGGAAGAAACUAGUGAUGAAAACCUUAAACCUAAACUUGUAGCAAAUAUAGAAAAGGCACGAAUAGCAAUGUCACGCUUAGAAGAAAUUUUCACUCAGAAUCCAUCCCUUCAAACAACUGAUGUUAUGCGAAAACUCCUUGAAGUUUAUAAAGAUUGUAGAUAUCUAGAUAAAUUAAUGGGAACUAUGUUUUUUCACGAGAGUCAUUUCCAAGGUCUACUUGAAAGAGUUAGAGAACGUGGUCGGACUAAUCUUGCGCAACGGGUUGCUGACCAAGUUCACAGGCUUUUCACUCAAAACACAGGUGAGGAAGAAAAGCAAGGUAAUGUGACGGUUUUAAGCAAUAGUCCACCCAAAGAUCUUGAAAAUAGCAUUGAGGAAAAAUCAAAAAAAGACACUUCUGCUGAAUUUUUGUCUGGAAGCUUAGCUUCUCUUGAAGCGAGGGUAACCAAGGCUGCUACUGGUGGUGCAAACGAAGGUCUGUGCAAUGCACAUGUUUGUGUAAAGCUUUGUUCACUUCUUUUAGCCCAAUUAGUUAAGGCUCAUGCUGAAGUUAUCCGGAGAUUUGGUGGAAAUUCUGGAGCCAUGAGUGAAGCUAACAAUGUAUCUCCCAGUAACUCUGGAAGUGAUAAAAAAGAAAAGGAUGUUUCAGAAAUUAUAAAAACAUCUAGUGAAGUGAAUUUACCUACUCCCACCAACAGUAUGACUGAAAUAAAUGGUGGUGUCAUUGCAGAUUCUAUACCCAAAGAACCUGAAUGUGGCACAUUCACAAUUCUUGAUACUGCACCCAAUUCACAUAAGUACAAGUUGACCAUGUUUCAACCGACUGACACAAGGCUAUUUUAUAAACGGGUCAGAGAAGAAAUUAAACUGUUGAGAACAUCUCUUCCUGCAGGAAUAUGGGUUGCAGCAUUUGAAGAUAGAAUGGAUUUGUUUUCUGUUAUGAUACGUGGCCCAGAGAAAACUCCCUAUGAAGAUGGUUUAUUCUUCUUUGAUUUUCAACUGUCAGCUGAUUAUCCCAAAGCUCCUCCUCACUGCCAUUAUAUAUCUUAUUGUUCUGAUCGAUUGAAUCCUAAUUUAUAUGAAGAUGGAAAAGUAUGUAUUAGUCUUCUUGGAACAUGGAGUGGUAAAGGAACUGAAGUUUGGACAUCUACAUCAAAUCUCUUGCAAAUCAUUGUUUCUAUUCAAGGUCUGAUAUUAGUGAAUGAACCUUAUUUUAAUGAAGCUGGAUAUGAAAAACAAAAAGGUAGCCAACAGGGAAAAGAAAAUUCUAGGAUGUAUAAUGAGAUGGCUGUUCUUAAGUUAGUCCAAUCUAUGUCUAAGCUCAUUAUCAAUCCUCCUCCAGUCUUCAAAGAAGAAAUAGCCCAGCACUUUGCACAACAUGCUAACAAGUUGUGCGAGAGGUUAGAAUCUUGGUUGGAUAUAUCCGAGAACUACAACAGUAAUCAUCCGCUGUCUCCAACAACUCCUACUACAUAUAAGCAGCUUCAUAAUGAAGGGGUCCCUCUGCCAGAAUUUCCACUCAUACCUGCAUCAAAAGGCUUCUGCUUGACACUGAGGAAAACACUCGUAUAUUUCAAACAAGUACUUUCACAACAGCAACAAGAAGCAAAGGCUAGUUAGUAUAAACCUUUGUGGAACUCUCUGGACUCAGGAUAUAAACUAAAAAGAGGUGUAGCAGCUCGCUAGUGUGAUAUAUAUGCAAUAUAUCAGACCAUAAUUUAUAUAUAUGCACAUACUUAUAUAUUUAUAUUAAACCAUGUACAAAUAGUACCAAAUUACAGUGGAGUUUUCACUUGACUGUUUUGAAGAAUAGCUUUAAAAUGUAUUGUACAAAUAGCUUAGUUAAAUGAGAUUUUUAUUUGUAAAUAAAGUAUCAUAGAAAGUGAGCCGUCUGCGCUAUUUAGUCAAGGCCUCUUUCACUUCAGUCAUUUGAAUAGUUCUACCUCGACAUUUAGACAUACUUUAAUAUUUAAACGAAUAAGUAUUACCGUCAUUGCAUACUAUUAUUAGAUCUCAUUUAAAUUCUGAAUGAUACUUUACUACCAAUCUUGUACUUAUAUAUUCUAAUCAUAGGCUGUUUUUGUUAAUUAUUUCAAUAGUAAUCUGGCCUUAAUAUUACUAUUACUACUACUAUUAUUAGGUGCUAGGUGUGUGAAAGGAUCACGGUGAUAGAUAGAUCUAUAAUUAUUACUGUGAAAAUUGUAUGGUAAUAGUUAAAACUUGAUAAGUUUAGGUCAUUGAUUCCUAAAGCUCAUUUUCUAAUAUGUUACUAUUGUGGUGCUAAAGUUAUUAAAAAUUCCAAAUAAGCUACAAAAUUAUCUGUAUGAAUUGUCUGUGUUAGUUAUGUAAUUGUAUAUUGUAAAUAUAUUCUGUACUAUAAAAACAAUUUAUAAAGAGAAAAUGGCACCACUUCAAAUUUGUGACAAAUUAAUAAAGUUUAGUAAGUUAUUUAUAAAUUUGAAUUUAACUUCAUUCUAUACUGUAAGAUGCUGUUUAAAAUGACCUCAAAUAUGAAGCAAGAAACUGGUAAACUACUUAAACAUUGUUAAAACUAUUAAAAAUAGAAGUGAUCCUUGACUUGAGACGUUCCAAAGAUAUAAUUUGCAGCUUUCUGCAAAACAACCAACCUGUAUGUAAAUAGUUGUGAAUGUAUUGUUGCUAGUUUGUUAUUUGCUUUUUAAAAGUGUAUAUUUAUUUAUUAAUAUAUAAUAUAUAUACGAUCUAUAUCUAUCCUCUCUUGAAAAUAGUUCAAAUCACAAAUUUUGAAGCUUAUUUAUAAAUAUUUAUUGAUAAUUAAAAAUUGAAAUUUUUGUUUGGUAUUUUUACAAAUUCUUUCAAUUUUGCAUUAUUUAUUACAAUUUGUGAAAUGUGUAUUCGUUAAUGCAAUUAUUUAUUUAUAUUAAUGCACAAUAUAUUAUUGUUUGUUACGAUGUUAUUGUUUAUUGCAUUCCGAACACCAUGAGCAUUAAAUUUUAAGUUUUUUUCAAGUUUACUAAAUGCAAUAUGGUGAAAUUUAAGAUUUGUCAAUUACGCUUUUCUUAUUGUGUUAAUAAGUGAAAAUUGAAUAAAAAUAUUAUUCCAUUGUUA